UUAUUUUCAGAGUGUAUGAACCAAAAAACUGAAGUUUUGGCAUAAAAUUCUAACAAUUUAUAUAAUAAAAACAUAUAGAAGAUUGAAAUGUGAGGUUCAGCAGUAAAAUGUAUAUUUAUAUAGUAUACAUAUCCACAGGUAGAAAUUGGCGUACACGCUAAUACACCUUACGCACUCACAAAUCCACCACGACAACAACUGAAAAUAUUUCGAAUUGUCUUUCGUAUUUAGCGCCCAAUGAGUCAGUCGACUUUUGCUCGUCGUCAGAGAAAAUACGGCUAAAGUGAGCGCUAUAAAAAACCAUAUAAACUUACACACUGCUAUAUAUACAAAUAUAUAUAUUUAUAAAAAAAUUGUGUUUACGCUACUACGAGAACAAAUUCAAAAGAUACGAAAUAGUUUUGUUUUUGUCUACGCUCGUUCUGGAAUUUGUGGAAUUUUUAUAUAUUGUGGCGUCCGAUCGGGCAACGGACUCGUAAACAUGCAAGAGUUAAUUACGGUUCCCAAUUUGACGGGGAGCCUGGCAACAGAUACUCAAAAGAAAUUGCGAAGCAUAGUGGACGACAUUAACAGCAUCUCGAAAUCGGUAUUCAAUGAUAAUGACACUAGGGAAAAGGAGUGCCAAAGUCAAACAAAGCUCGAGGAUCACACUCCCUAUCCGGGCAUCUCAAAGCUGACGCCGGCGCUCUAUUUGUGCGGCGCGGCAGCUGUAGUGCCCGCCCACCUGGACAAGCUGGGCGUCAGCUGUGUUGUCAACGUGGCGCCCGAACUGCCAGAUACGCCGCUCUCCAGCUUAAGCAAUCCGCUGUAUUUGAGAAUCAAUGCACAGGAUCGAGCCGGCGUCAAUUUGGCAGCCCAUUUCGACGAAGUGGCCGAUUUGAUCGAGGAGGUGCGGCUCAGUGGCGGCAGCUCCCUGGUGCACUGCGUGGCCGGCGUGAGUCGCUCCGCCUCACUGUGCUUGGCCUACCUCAUGAAAUACGCUGGCAUGAGCCUUCGCGAGGCCUACACGCACGUCCAAUCCAUACGACCACAAGUCAGACCCAAUUCCGGGUUCUUCCAGCAGCUGCGACAAUACGAACAGGAAUUGCGUGGCAGCUGCUCAGUUGAAAUGAUCUACUUUGCCUCAUUGGACAAAGAAAUUCCCGAUAUCCUGGAGCCCGAAUACAGAGCUAUGGAGGAUUUCUAUCAAAGAUAUCGAAGCUCGCUCAAGAAACGUUAGCUCGCCUAUAAC